UGUGUGCUUAGAUUUUACAGAUGAUGGCUAGUUUUGUAAGUAAACGUGAUAUUGAUGAGGAAAGAAGAAUAUUAAACCAACAACGUGCAAAGGUUUUGGAAGCUGCAAAAUCUCUAAGCGUGAAACAACAACAAAAGAAAGAAGAUCGUAAGAGGAGAGGUGAAGAUCAAUGGAUGUUGAAAUCACUGGAGAAGCGAGUUGGUUCCAAUCCUCCAAAGCUUUCAAAGAAGGAAAAAAAACAUAAAAAACAUAAAAAGCAUAAAAAGAAAAAACCGUCACGUGAAUCAACCAGUGGUGAAAGUGAAGCAAGUGAAGACAUGUGGGUGGAAAAGAAACAUUCGCCACAAGGACAACAUGAAGAAGAUAAUUGGAAGGAAGAAGAUUUUUUAGCUGGAAUAAAAACAGUGACAUCUGCAGACAUUAGGGAAGAGAAACGAAAGAAAACAGAAGAACUUAGUAAAUCUUUAAAAUCCUUGUCAUCCAUUGAAUCUGCGGGUCAGCAUGAAAAGGAACUUAAUCCAUAUUGGAAAUCUGGAGGUUGUGGAUUGCCUUCGGAAGAGAAAAAGUCAUCUGUUCUAGUUCCUGAUGCUAGUUGGUUGAAGCGAUCUUUGAAGAGAAUGCAAGAGCAAAGUAAGGAGACAGGUAGGAGCGUAGAGGAAAUUGCAGCGGAUCGUUAUGGAUCUUGGGAAGCCUUCCAAGAUUUGUUGUCUAAAGCUGAAAAAACAAAUAGCAGCAGUUGUCGUGGUAAUCAACCUAAACGAUCGGAAAAAAGGCGAUUUUUAAAACCAUCUGAUGAUGAUAGACAACAACAUAAAUCGUAUCCAACAUCACGACACAAAUCGUAUCAAGAUUCUCAUUCUGCAUGGAAGAAACAUGAUUCUAAACCAACUUCAACAACUUAUGAAGGAAAAACUUUUGCAUCAAAGGUAAAGGAAGAUGUUAAAGCUCAAACUAAAGAUUCUAAAUAUGAAAGGAGUGAUGAUAAAAGUGAGAAAAAUGUUGAAACCGAAAGGUGUGCAGAAGUUAAAAGAGAGGUUAAAAGAACUACAAGCAGUAUUGUCACCCCACAAGUUUCUAAUUCUGUAACUAGACUGACUGAAGAGGAAAAGAAUAAGAUUGCUGCCAAAAUUAUUAAAGCUGAGUUAAUGGGAAAUGAUGCUUUGGUGACAAAGCUUAAACUGAAACUAGAGUCCUCAAAACAGGCAGAAAGUGUUUCUAAUAUAACACCUUCCAAAACAACAACAAGUUCCUCACAUAAAGAUGAAGAUAGUUCAUCUAGUUCAAGUGGAAGUAGUGAUGAAGAAGUGGUUCUGACUCGUACAAAUAAAACAGGUCAGUCGUGGCCUGUCACUCAGUCCGAACUUUCAUUUGACUCUGUCCCGAAAAAGCUGAAGAAAAAGAAAGUGAAAGUUCAUGAUAAGGAUGGGGUAAGAGAAAGAUACUUUGCUGAUGAUGAUCGCUUUACUUUGAAAGAAUUGGUUGAAAGAGAGAAAACAGGAGCUGCUGAAGAUCAAACACAAACUAUGUCUCGUUUGACAUCGAAGUUGUUCAAAGGAGCAGAUGGUGAACACUUUACAUUGGAUGACAUGUUUGAAUCAGAAGCCGGAAAAGUAAAUUCGUCGACGCAGGAAGAUGCAAGGAACAGAAAACGAGCAAUCGCGAAUCAUCAACGCCUCAUGCGCCGCUUGGAAAGUUGCAAAUUUUGUUUUGGGAAUUCUGAAAAUCCUAAACACUUGAUAAUUGCGAUUGGGCGUGUGUGUUAUUUACGGUUGCCGUCACAUCGUCCUCUGCAGCCUGGUCACUGUCUUAUUGUUCCCAUGCACCACUGUAAUACGGGGACUUCACUUGAUGAAAACAUUUGGGAUGAAAUAAGAAAGUUUAUGCAGUCACUUAGGAAUAUGUUUUUAAAACAAGACAGUGAUUGUAUUUUUAUGCAAACUUGUAUCAUGCUCAAUAAAUCGCAUCAUUUUGUAGUUGAAUGUGUUCCUCUCCCAAAAGAACUUGGUGAUGUUGCUCCGAUUUAUUUUAAGAAAGCGAUUCAGGAAUGUGAGACUGAGUGGUCACAGAACAAAAAACUGAUAGACACUCGUGGAAAAAGUGUUUGUGACAAAAUUCCUGCCGGCCUGCCGUAUUUUGCUGUUGAGUUUGGGCUGGAUGGUGGUUUUGGACACGUGGUCGAGGAUGAAAUCAACUUUCCAUUUUAUUUUGGGCGAGAAAUCUUGGGUGGAAUGCUUGAUGCAGAACCUCAGUUAUGGAGGAAACCACAUGAAGAAUAUUUUAAUGAACAAACUAAACGAACACUUGAAUUUGAAAAGUGGUAUAAAGAAUUUGAUUGGACAUCAAUUGAAAUAUCUUCCUAACCAACGAUGAAGUCUUUCAUGUUCAAUGUUUACUUCGUUAGUAGUACAAACUACAAAACUAUGUGUAAAACCUGAUUUCUGUUGCUCACUUUUUUAAGUUGUAGUUACACGAAAGAAUUGGCAACAUAAGAUUAUUAUUACUUUGUAACAAUGCCGUUUACAUUUUAUAGA